AUGACUUCAAAUCAAUCUCCGCUACAACUGGCCGCGGGUGUAGCGAAGCACAGUCCUCUUCGUGCUUGUAACGGGUAUGCGCGGGGACAGGCGGGUGGUGGUGGGGAUGGAGUGGUUCGUCGCAGCACGGGGCUAGAGCAGGACGAGGAGCAGGAGGAAGAGUGGGACGAGGAGGGGGAGCAGGAGGAAGAUGGGGAGGAGGAUGAGGAAGACGAGGAAGGGGAGGAGGCUCUGGAGGUGUGUUCACAGGCGGACGAUGCGUGGUACGCUGCGCGGCUGUGGGUUCUACCUGCUGGGAAAAGAAGCAACGGAGCGGCAUUGGGGACAGGCGGGGAUGGAAGGAGAGGGCAGGGCGGUGGAGAUACGGAUGGCAGUGAUAAUGAUGAUAACCCAGACAGAGAUAGCCAUGGCAAUCACCAUUUUAAUCAUCAUAACCAUCAAUCCCGGAGGCUGUUGGUGGAGUUUAAGGGGUUCAGCGGGGAGGAGGAGGUGCUGGCAGGCGAGCAGCAGGUGCGGGCGCGGGUGCGGUUCGUGUCGCACCAGCUGCAGGACGCGCGGUGCAGGGCGGUGAAGCGUGGUGACAAGGUGUGCGCGUACCGCGUCAGUGGCGAGCAGUGCACGUACUACGAUGCCCGCGUGCUUCAGGUGAUUCACCAGGAGCACACAUGGGCGCACGGCAAGGAGGAGUGCACCUGUCACUUCUCCCUGCGCUGGCUCGCAGGCCCCGCCAAGGGCCAAGUAAUGGAAGCAGGGUGCGCGCACAUAUGCACUCUCGAUCCCCGCGACGUAGCCACCUGCCAUCCCCUCAUUGCCUGGUACAUUCACUCGCAGGACCUCAUGCCUCCCCCUGAGCGAUUUAUCCUUGCGAAUUCCCGGCAGGCCAGCUUAGUUCCCUCUCCACGUGUUGCUGCCGGAGGGUUUAGGGCGGCUGGUGCUGCUGCUGGGGCUAAUGGUGGUCGUGGUGGUGGUGAUGCUCGUGGGGUGGGGGGUGGUGUCAAGGUUAUUGGUAAGGGAGGUUCUUUCAAGGGUGCUGAGGGUGGUGCUGCGAGGGAUGGUCUUUCUGCUGUGCCGCUGCUUGCACUGAGAGGGGCCGAUGCUGUGGUGGGGAAGAGACUGCGGAAGCGCAAAUGGGGUGCUGCUGCUGGUGCUGCUGGUGUUGAUGCUGACAGUGAGGAUGGGAACGAAAAAGACCCAGGCAGUCGUAUGAAGGAGAAGGUGAAGAAGAAGAGGAAGUUGUAUCGAGGAGACGGGAAUGGGGUACGGGCCGAGUGCAAUGCUGGUAGACAUGCCAUGGUGGUAUAUAGAGAUAACCAUAACACCCACAGAGAGGCAAGAGAAGCAAGAGAGGCAAGAGGGGACAGAGAUGAAAGAGUGGAAAGAGCGGAAGCAGAUAAUGCAGGGAUGCAUUCAGUUCUCCCAACACCAUCGCCACUCACCCCUCUGCCCGACGCUGCUGUUGCCGCCUCACCCCUCACUCCUGUUGAUCCUGCCUUUACGCACAUCCUUGCACUCCCUGCUGUCCGCCCAGCCCCACUCUCGCCAGAACCUCAGUUGUCAACGCCUCACACCUCGAAGCAUCACUCCCCAAACCCUCACUCUCCAGAACCUCACUCCCCUCAGCUUCGUGUGAGAAGGCAUGAGCGCUCUCCUGUGGAGAGCCGUCCUGGCACGAGGGUAGAGCGAGAGGAGGAGUGGGAGGGCUGGAGAGAAGGGGAGGGGGGUAGGCGGCGUGGCGCUGGGCAGCAGGAGGAGAGGAGGGAUCAGGGGGUGUUGAGAGGCGCUGGGAUGAAGCGAAGGGCUAGGGUUUCUCCUGUUGCUGCUCACACUGCUGCUGCUGAUGGUGCUGUUGAUGGUGGUGGUGUCGGUGGUGGUGGUGGUGCUGCUGCUGCUGGUGAUAGGAACAGAGCAGCAUGGGCGGAUGGGCAUGGUGGGAGGAAUGACGAGCACCCUCGACGUGCGGUGCGAAGCCCGGAGGGUAACUUGGAGCAACGGGGAUAUGACACAGCACGGUACUGGUCGAGAAGCCCUUACACUGCGUCCCCCACUCCUCCACUCACUGCUUCUCCCACGCCUCCCCACACUGCUUCCCCCACUCCUCCCCACACUGCUUCCCCCACGCCUCCCCACACUGCCUCCCCCACUCCUCCCCACACUGCCUCCCCCACUCCUCCCCACACUGCUCCCCCCACGCCUCCCCACACUGCUUCCCCCACGCCUCCCCACACUGCGUCCCCCACGCCUCCCCACACUGCGUCCCCCACUCUUCCCCACACCGCAUCCCCCACUCCUCCCCACACCGCGUCCCCCACUCCUCCCCACACUGCGCCUGAGAGUGCUGCUCAUCAUAGCGAGUAUAACAGUGAGCGCCAUAGCGGGUAUCACAGUAAGUGGUACGGGCGAGGGGGUGAAAGGGCACGGAGUGGAGACAGGGGAGGGGGGGACGGUGAGGAGAUGUGUGGGGCGCGGGAGAGGGAUCAUGCAGGCGAGUCUAGGAGGGGCUUGGGCAGGGAUGGGUAUGCGGAUGCACAUGAGAUGCAGGAUGAUGGUGAAGAGAUGGGCAUGCGGCAUGGGUACCAUGAAACAUUUCUGGAGAAGCGGAAAGAGGUGGGGAUGGGGAGGGACGAGGGGUUGGACGGGGAAUGGGGAAGGGUGGUGAGAAGAGGGGAUGAUGUGGAUGGGAGGAGGUUGCGAGAGAGGGAGAGGCAGGUGAGGGGUGUUGGUGUGGAAGGGGAGAGGGAACAUGGGCGAGAGAGAGAGGGGGAAAAAGGUAGUAGCAGGGAGAGGGAUAUGGAUAGGCACAGGCAUCGGGACAGGGUGGGUGGAAGGGAGAGAGAGAAAUACAAGGAGAGGGGGGAGGAAUUGCAUGGGGAGAGGGAGGAGAGGGAAAAGAAGCGGGAUAGGGUUAGGUAUAGGGAUAGGGAUAGGGAUGGGGAUAGGGAUGGGGAGAGGGAGAGGGAAAGGGGGGGAGAGAGGGAGCGGGAAGGGGAGAGGGAUAGGGAGAGGGAGAGGAACAGGGAUAGGGAUAGGGAUAGGGAUAGGGUGGUGCUAGCCGUGCAGGAUAGACAUGGGGGGGGCUGGGACGCGGAGGGGGAGGGCGAGGCAAGGGGUGAGAGCAAUAGAAACAGAUCACACGAGCAGGAGCAUCUGGUAGAGAGAGGCUUUGGAGGGGAAGAAGGAGAUGGAUAUGAUGCAGAGAGGGGUCAUGGAGUGGGAGGGAGAGGGAAGGAGGGGUUGCAUGAGGGCGAGUGGGGCAGCAGCCGCAGUGUAAGCAGGGAUAGGGAGGGGCACAGAGAGGGGUUGUUGAGUCCUGGAGGGGUGGAGGGUGGAGAGAUGGAGAGGCGGAGUUGGAGCAGGGACCGGGAGGGUGGGGGCAGGGAAAGGGGGGGUGGGGGGAGGGAACGGGAAAGGGGGGGCAGGGAACGAGAGGGUGGGGGCAGGGAAAGGGAGCGAGGAGGCAGGGAAUGGGAGAGAGAGGGCAGGGAAGGGGAGAGAAGAGGCAGAGAGUGGGAGAGAGAGGGCAGGGAAGGAAAUAGAAGGGGCAAGGAGUGGGGGAGAGGGGGAAGGGAAGGGGAGAGGAGGGGUAAGGAGCGGGAGAGAGUGGACAGGGAAGGGGAGAGGAGGGGCGGGGAGUGGGAGAGCAGGAGCGGGGAGCGGGAACGAGGGGACCGGGGAAGGGACGAGGAGGGGGAGGAAGGAAGGCAUGAUGAGUGGGAGAGGGGCAAUAGCUUCUGCAGAGACCAGUCAGCUGAGGACAGGAACAGGAGAGGGGAUAGUGAUGAUGCGGCUUUAAGAAGAGCUGGCGUGGUGGGGCAUAGUUUGGCAGGGGAUUUGCAUGAGAGGGGGGAAAGGCGACGAGGGGAAGGAGACAAGGGUAGAGAGGGAGGAGGGCGAGGAGGAGGUGGUUCAGGGGGUGGAGAGAGGGGAGGAAGCAGAGGGGAGGCAGGGCGGGUAGGGGGAGAAGGCAGUGGGUAUGGAACUCAUGGGAAUGGAAUCAGAGGGAGAGGAGGAGGAGGAGGAGGAGGAGGAGGAGGUGGUGAUGAUGGUGGGGAUGGUGGGGAUGGAGAUGGGGAGGAUGGCAGGCAGUGGAGGCGGGAGAGAGAGCAUGCACUCCCUGUUGCUACGACCCGUGCUGCUGGAACACCACCCGCUUCUGAUACUGCUGCUGCUAAGAGCAGCGCUGAUGGUGCUGCUGCCGCUGCUGCUGGUGCGGACAUCAGCACAGGUGGUGCUGGCGGCGGUGCAAGCGGUGAAGGUUCAAGGUCAAAAGAGGCUCAACUCACGUCUGCUGCUCCUGUCUUUGCCUCUCAUGCGCCUUCCUCCACCUGGGAGGGCCGGCAGCCGCGAGGCAGAAGUGCGGUCGUGAGAGGGGGGCGAGCAGUGGCAGUGCGGGGAGGGGUUCCAGAGACUCCCCAAAGGUCCCUCCCAAGAGUCGUUAGAGGUGGUGGCAGUGGUGGUGGCGGUGGUGGUGGUGGCGGUGGUGGUAGUGGCAGCAGCAGUGCGGUUGUUAGAGGUGGGCGGGCAGUGGCGGUCCGGGGCAGGCCUGUCGCUGUGAGAGGAGGGCGAACCGGAGGUUCGGCAAGAGCUCCGGCAGGCACUGUAGGGUUACCAGCAAGUUUGGUACCGGUAGAAUCCUCACCGGCAGGCUCGGUGCACGCAGGGCCACAGCCUGUAUUAGCUGCAGGUUCACCAGCGCUGGUGGCAGGCAGAGUAGCAGAAGUCCCCUCAGCACCAAGUGCAGCAGCAGUGCCUGGAGGAGCUAGAGCAGUAGCAGGCACUGCAGGAGUGGUGAUGCGAGUGUUAGAGGUUCCGGGCGCAUGUGCCACGGAUGAUGCCACGGCGGUGGUGGUCAUUGAGAACCUAGAGGACGAUACCGUUGCUCAAGACGUGCGAGAUGUGGUGCAGGCGCUCACGGUGUUUCCAGUGCUGGGAGCCGCAUUCUUCCCCCGGCACCCUCUGCGCGACCCCCCUGGAGCCGCAUGGGCGGCUCUGCUCUUCCGCUCGCGUGAUGAAGCGGCCAGUGUGGAGCGCUUCCUCUCGCAUGAUGCCGCUGUCAUGCCCUCUGCCACCCGCAGGCCCUGGAGAGCGUGGCUGUUGCAAGGGCAACCAGCUGCAGACCUCAAGCGAUACCUCGUUCCAUCGCAGCCGCCACCACAGCAGCAGCAGCAGCAAGCUCAUGCUGAGGGCAUAAGUUCCCGUGCCGAAACAGUUGCUUCUUCUGCUGCUGCUCCGAUGGUGAUUCCCCCUCCUUCUCUUCCCCCUCCACGCCACACACACACCAACCCCCACUGCACCCCCACAACACUCUUCAGGUGUCCCUCACCCGGUUUUCUCGUGUCCUAA